AGAAGUACCCCAUUCCAUCUCACCAUACCUAUCCCCUCUCCCUUUGCUUUUUCAGGUACACUGCAGUGGUCAUGCCUGUUCACUACCAGCAUGGCACGGGACAGAACUCCUGUCGGCGCGUGGCCCUCAUGAUCACGGCCGUCUGGGUACUGGCCUUUGCUGUGUCCUGCCCUCUCCUGUUUGGCUUCAAUACCACAGGUGACCCCACUGUCUGCUCCAUUUCCAACCCAGAUUUUGUCAUCUACUCUUCAGUAGUGUCCUUCUACCUGCCCUUUGGAGUGACUGUGCUUGUCUAUGCCAGAAUCUACGUGGUGUUGAAACAAAGGAGACGGAAACGGAUCCUCACUCGACAGAACAGUCAGUGCAUCAGUGUCAGGCCUGGCUUCCCCCAACAAACCCUCUCUCCUGACCGGGCACAUCUGGAGCUGAAGCGCUAUUACAGCAUCUGCCAAGACACUGCCUUGGGUGGACCAGGCUUCCAAGAAAGAGGAGAAGAGUUGAAAAGAGAGGAGAGGACUCAAAACUCCCUGAGUCCCACCAUAGCGCCCAAGCUCAGCUUAGAGGUUCGAAAACUCAGCAAUGGCAGAUUAUCAACAUCUUUGAAGCUGGGACCCUUGCAACCUCGGGGAGUGCCACUUCGGGAGAAGAAGGCAACCCAGAUGGUGGCCAUUGUGCUUGGGGCCUUCAUUGUCUGCUGGCUGCCCUUCUUCUUGACCCAUAUUCUCAAUACCCACUGCCAGACAUGCCACGUGUCCCCAGAGCUUUACAGUGCCACCACAUGGCUGGGCUAUGUGAAUAGCGCCCUCAACCCCGUGAUCUAUACCACCUUCAAUAUCGAGUUCCGGAAAGCCUUCCUCAAGAUCCUGUCUUGCUGAGGAAGCAGAGGAGGGAACACUCCUUGUGCCUAUGUCUAGCUGCCAGGCUGUUGGCCCACUCCGAAAGACUGUUCAGUGUCCUCCGGCCUGUGGUAGGAAGAAGAUUCCUGGAACCAGGAUGUCCCUGCUUGUCAGGUAUAACCAAAUGUGUCCUCCAAAACAGAACAUUUUACCUCCCCAGCUAAAAUCUGACUUCAUUCCGACAAUCUUCAAAUGAUUGGGGAGCCCCCGAGUGAUAAACAAUAAUUCAGAAAGAAGCUGAUAAAUCGUGGCUCACACAAAAUUGUCGUUGGAGGCAUGAUUCAUUACACUAAAGGAAAAAUGAACAGAUCUCAUCAUUCUCAACUUGCAGGGAUCCUUGAAACCAGCCAGUAAACCACAUAGAACAGCCAGUCUGUCUUCCUUCAAACCUCUAAUUAACUGUCAGGCUAACCUUGUACUUUCACGGGCCCAUUCCUCUUGGUCAUUUCUUUCCUUCACUGUACCUGGAAAUAGGAAUGGCAAGGCCAAUGCUUCUACCUCUGUAGAAUCUGACGGGCUACAUUCAGUGAGGUGAAUUUCUCACCCCAAGAGAAACACUGUCCCACAUUGGGACGGGGACUUCAUUUCAAACUUUGCUACCCUUAUAUUUUAGCUUUAGCUGAGAAGGCAUUUUGAUUCCAUUCCUGUACUCUCUCAAGGCAAUCUCAGAGUCUCAAUUUCCAGAGCCAUUCAAGAUGGGGAUAUUAUUGGAAGAUGGGACAACACAUCCCAUUGUAGUUUCACUGUUGAACCUUAUGGUUCAGAACAUUCCUUAGAUAUGCGUUUUAUAUCACCACCAAAUUUUCCUACCCAGAACAUCUUCAUUUCUCCUUAACAGGGACCCAAUGUAGUGGACCACAUCAUGACAUCUUGGGCAACAGUGGACCACAUAUACAACGGUGGUCUCAUAAGAUAAUAACGGAGCUGAAGAAUUCCUAUCACUUAAUGUCAUAGCUGUUGCAACAUCAUAGCUCGAUGCAUUACUUACAUGUUUGUGGUGAUGCUUGUAUAAACAAAUCAUGCUGACAGUCAUAUAAAAGUAUACAAUCGUGUACAUUACAUAAUACUUAAUAUUAAUAAUAAUAAAUGACUACGUUACUGGUUUAUGUAUUUACUAUACUAAACUUUUCACCAUUAUUUUAGAGUGUACUUCUACUUAUUUUUAAAAAGUUACUUAUAAAACAGCCUCAGGCAGGUCCUUCAGGAGGUAUUCCAGAAGAAGGCACUGUUAUAGGAGAUGACAGUUCCCUGUGUGUUAUUGCCCCGGAAGACCUAGUGGGACAAGGUGUGGAGGUGGGAGACAGGGACACUGAUGAUUCUGACCCUGUUUAGGACUAAGCUAAUGUGUGUGUUUAUGUCUUAAUUUUUA